AUGAAUGUCAAGUUCCCUGUCAAGUUAGCCAUGAAGGAAAGAAGAAGCAUCUCAUCAUCUUCUCAACAGUCUUUUACUAAUUUGAGAACUCCUCAUAAUAUUCAAAAUCAAUAUGAAUAUGAAAAUGCAGUUAUUGAUGAAGAAGAAGAUCCUUUAAAUGAUAUUGAUUCACCAAAUUUAAUUGCAACUUCAGUGGAAAAUAAUUCAUUAUUAUCUUCAAAUUCUACUAUUUCCUUGUUAUCAUUAAAUAAUAAACCAGUACUCUCUAGAAACACAUCAUUUUCUCAACCUGGAUUAUCAUCAAUAAACUCCAAUUCAAAUACUUCAUCAAUUUUUAAUAAUCCAAUAAUGUUUCAAAGAGUAAAUCUACGAAGAAUUUCAAAUGCUCAACAUGAACGAAACACUUCAAUAAAUUCUAUCCCACCAUUAAAUAUUGAUACACUACCAGAGACUCCAAAUUUAGAUCCUGUUUCUAUACAAAAUUCUCCUUCAAAUUUUUGGUUAAAUAAACCAAAUUUAUAUAGACAUGGUUCUAUAAAUAAUCAGAUGAAUAUUGAUAGUCCUUUUCUUUAUCCUGUUAAGGGGCAUGAUGGGAAUGUUACACCUUUGAUAUUGAGUCCAAAGAAGGAGUAA